UCCUGCUGCAGCGUAUCUUGUCCAUACGGAACGUGAUCGCCAUCCGAUGCUGCGAGUUUCCAAGUCGGAUGCGGCUCAUAUAUAGGCUGGUUGAAGGAUUGCGUGGUGCCACACGCUCGUCUCCUUCCCUCGUCUUCUUCACCUUCGCGUGAUUGGAUGGGCAAACCCUAGGCGCAGCGAGGAGAGGAGCUAUUCCAAUGUUUUCGCGAUCGAGCGUGAUCAAGCGCGUUUGCAAGUUUCUUUUGAAGAAGAAGCUCGGCGAGGUGAUUUUGGGCGACAUCGACCUCGAUCAGCUCGAUGUCCAGCUCAGCACCGGAACGAUCCACCUCUCUGACCUAGCUCUCAACGUCGAUUUCCUUAACCAAAAGAUUAUUGGUGCACCCGUUGUGGUCAAAGAAGGAUCUAUAAAAUCUUUAUCUAUUAAAAUCCCUUGGAAGCUAAGAAAUUGUGAGAUAGAAAUUGAUGAAGUUGAGUUUGUGCUUGAACCAUUUAAAGGGGGCAGUAUUGCCCAAUCUGAUGUUGUUAGCUCAAAGUCUUAUGAUCAUCAACAAUUUGUGACUGCCAAUCCUGACAAAAUUGAGCGCGGGACCGCUCAGGACCACCAUGGUUCAAUCCCUCUAGAUGUUCAUGAAGGAGUCAAGACAAUUGCCAAGGUUGUGAAGUGGUUCCUUACUAGCUUUCAUGUCAGAUUAAAUGGGGUUAUCAUUGCAUUUGAUCCUCAUUCGCAGCUGGAUGGAGGAAGAGACAGAACCUAUGAACUUCUAGUUCUUAGGAUCAAAGAAACCGAGUUUGGUACUUGUGUUUCUGAUGAUUCUAUGGCUAAGUUAACAAACUUUGUGAAGUUUCAAGAAGCUAAUGUUGAGUUUCUUCAAAUGGAUGAUGUAGAGGAGGGCCUUGAGCUUGAUGGUGUUACAGGGAAAAGUCUAAAUGAAAGGUUUGGUAGUCAUGGUGCCACAUCAGUUUUGACUGGAGCAAAUGGUGGGUUCUCAGGGACAUUAAACUUAAGCAUUCCAUGGAAGAAUGGGUUUUUAGAUACAAGUAUGGUUGAUGCAGAUGUUUCCAUAGAUCCAAUUAAAUUAAUGUUGCAGCCCAGCAGUAUUAAAUGGGUGAUAGACACAUGGUAUUCUCUCAAGAACCUUAGAGCAUCUGAACGUGCACACUAUCCUAAAGCUGCAGAUUCAUUUAAUUUCACUUCUAGAAGCCAUCAUCAUGCAGCUAUGACAAGUACAAUCUAUUUAGAUGCUGAUGCUGACACACUAAUGGAGGCUAGUGAACCAAGUAGUUUUCUUUCUGCAAUUGCUCCAGAGACAGUCCCUGAUGCUUUGCUUAUGAGGGCAAACUUUAUUCAUGAUUGGGUUCCGCAGUAUGUUCAUCAAGAUUAUUCAAGUAAUAUGGUCCAAGACCUUGGUGUAAGCAUCGAUCAAUUCUUUGAAUGUUUUGAUGAAAUAAGGAAGACCGAAGUGUACUCAGGUACAGGAAGUAUGUGGAACUGGACAUAUUCUGUUUUCAAUGCAAUAUCUGUUGCAUCUAAUCUUGCUUCUGGGAUGGGAGAUGUUCCCAAAGAAAAACCUGUGAAGACUUGUUUACGGGCUGCUAUUGCUGGUGUCUCUGUUAUCGUUUUCCUCGGGGAUGAUUAUCAGCAUUAUUCAUGUGGCUCGCACAAUAUCCUUGAGCCAUUACUAAAUGAGUUAAUUUCUGGGUGCGCGAGUUACCAAUCAACAUCAAAUUUUGCUUUUACGAGUUCGAAUGAUGUUAAUCCUGUUGUUAAAAAGAUGCAUCACAUUAAAGUAAAGUGUCAGAAUGUAGUUCUAGAAUUGGAGACUUAUUCUCAAAACACCAAAUUUGGUGCAUCGGUUGAGCAUAUCAUAGUUGAUGCAUACUAUAAUGCUUCAAGUUAUGCAACAGAAUUCCCCACAGGUGGUUAUUGUAAUGCCUCAAAUGAACAAAUGUUUCUAAGCCAAUGUUUAAAGCAAAAAAUCCAAGAUGCCCUCCCUCCAUUUCCUUUCCGCAUAUCAACUUGUGAUUCAGAUUUGACUGUGGAGGAAUGCGCUUUGGACAGCUUGGAUCAGGUUAGAUUGUUGGAAUCAUUUGGUAAUUGCAGCUGUAAGUUGAAUGUCAACUCAAAGGACUCAAAUGGAUUGUUGAUGGCUUCCACAUCAUUUGUAAUCCACUUACCACCUUUCAUUUUUUGGUUUCACUAUAAUCUAGUUGACACACUGCUGGAUCUCUUUAAACAAUUAAGUUGCUCAAAGGUAAGCAGCCUAACUGAAGAUGUUCAACUAUGUCAAAAGAAUACAAUCUCAACUUCUGAAGUUGCUGGGCAUGGCAUGUCUUCUGUUAUAACCAGUGCAUCUCCAAGAGUAUUUCUUCAAGGAAAUAUAAUUCUUCCACAGGCAAGGAUAAUAAUAUGUUUCCCAUCCGAGUAUUAUGGAGAUUUUAGCACUGGUAACCUUUUAGAUAAACUCAUUGUGCUUGAACAUUUUACACAUUUAAAUACCCCUUCAAAGGUAAAUCCAGCUAGGGAUCAAUCUUCCAUGUCUUCCACUUCAAUCCACUUGAGUACACAAAACCUUGAUGUCUACUUGGUGAAAUCUUCCAAGGAAAAUGACUCAGAUGGUGAAAUUAGUACUCCAGAUAGAUUAGUUUUUUCUUCUUCGAAGAUUAUCUCUGUUUGUGGGAUAAAAAAGGACUCGUGUUCUGGGGUUACCAUGGUUUGGCAGCAGGGUCCUGUGACUGGUAGUUGGAUGGUAGAUCGUACUUGGAGCUUGGCUGCGUCACAUGACCAAAACAUUAAUAUAAUUGGAAAAGGAUCAGAGUUCUCUUCUGCAACUAAUGUGGAAGGCCUUGAGGAUAUGCACAAUAACAUCCAAAAUGAGUUGAUUCUUAGUUCUGCAUUUUUUUUGCACAUUCAGUUUCAUCGUGCAUGGGUCAAUCUUGAGAAUCAUGAUUAUAGGCUUCUCACUUGUUUGCUAAACAAUGUCAUUGAUGGAUGUUCAAAGGCAGCAAUGGGGAUGAAUACCGAUGCAGAUAAUGAUAUCAAGAGGAAAAAUAUGGCAUCCAGUUCCUCUGAUGUAUUACAAACAUCUGUUCUUGUGAAGUGUGAUAUUGUAGAUGCUUGUAUCAGAUUAAAUGAAACAAUUGAAGUUAGUCACUUAUUACAAAAGGAACUACAGGGAUCAUGGAACUGCUUUAAACUGAAAAUGGACAAGUUUGAAUUGCUUUCUGUCUCUAACAUUGGUGGAUAUGCUGAUGCAAAUUUUUUAUGGAUCAACCACCGUGAAAGUGAACUAUGGGGUUCCAUCUCGAAUAAUAACAAAAGACCUUAUAAUGCUAUGCAGGAUGAAAAAUCUUCUAUUACACAUGAUCUACGUUUGAUAACCUGUACGAAUUCUGCAAUUAGACGGGGUAAUGGUGAAGGUGCUAAUGCAUUGACUUUUGGUCCUUCUGGCAGUGCUAUAACAAAUAUAUGGAAUCCACUAUUACAACAAAGCUAUACGUCAAUAGUUGUUCGAUGUGGGACAAUUAUUGGACCUGGUGGUCGGUUAGAUUGGAUUAGUUCUUUAUGGUCAUAUUUCAGUUCAUCUGAUGGUGAGAAAGAGAACAAAGAUGCCGAUGGAACAGAAAACAAAGUCUUUUUUUUUCUUGAUUUGGUAGAUGUGGCUUUGGGUUAUGAACCUUACAAUGCACUCUUUACUUUUAGCGCCGGAGAUUCUCUUGAACCUUGCACAGAAAAAAGCAAUGCACUAACAGCAUGCCUUUUGGCUGCAUCAUCCUUCAGCCUUUCUAAGCAUAUUAAUCCAGAUUUAACCUCCAAUUACAAUAUUCAUUUAAAAGAUGCAGGCUUUCUUAUUUGUGAAUCAACUGGAUCUGCGUUGGAUGUUGAUGGUUAUUCCGUAGGCUUUCUUCAAAGGGCUAGAUAUUCAAAAGUUGCUCAUGCUUCUCUCAUGCAGGCUAUAUUAAGAAUUAAAGGGAUUUCCUGGGAACUAGAGUUUGCAGAAUCACAUGUCAAUUUAGAAUCUUGUCAAGAUACUACAUCUGCCUUUAUCCAUUUGAUUGCGCAGCUUCAGCAGCUUUAUGCACCUGAUAUUGAAGACACAUUAAUGCACUUGCAGUCUAGAUGGAAUACUACUCAUCAGGAAGCUAAUGAUGAAAAUAAAAGUGGCAUGAAUGAUGUCUCAAGCAAUUCUUUAUGUUCAUCUACUAGUGAAGCACAUCAAACUUCAGGACUCUUGGAUGACAUCAUUGAUAAUGCUUUAGAAUGCAAUCCAACAUCUGAUCUUCGCUGCACAUCUGCUCAUGGUUUGCUUGAUAAGUUCAAGCUAAAUGUUAAAGCCUCAGCAGCUGCUGCUGACAAACCUAUCAUGCCUCAGCUAAUCGAGAGCUACUGUGUAUCUGACAUGUUUCCAUCAUCUCCAACAUGCAUCGCUAAUCAUUAUCCAACUGAAAGUGGCAAAUGCACAAUGGAUAUAUCAACUCAUAGGGACGUUGAAUAUGGACAAGGUGGAUGGUAUACUGCUGAGGGAUUGAUGAUAGUUGAAGAUCAUAUUUCAACAAGUAGUAAUCAGCCAGAUGGAAAUUAUCUGCCACAAGGAGAAUUUGGAUUGGAAAUUCGCUGUACCGCUGACUGUGGUCUUCCUAAGGGGAGAGUAAUUCUUAAAAAUAUGGAAGCAAGAUGGCGAAUAUAUGGUGGAUUUGACUGGGCUAGAUCAAAGGGAGUUCUCACAUACACUGCAACUCCGAAUGGAAGAGAUAAGAACACUGUGCUGGAGCUCAGUUUAGUAGGGCUUUCUCUUCAAUAUGACAUAUAUCCUGAAGAGGAAACUAAUGUGUCGAAGCUUUCCCUUUCUAUCCAAGAUUUUUAUCUUUAUGAUAGAAGCAGCAAUGCACCUUGGAAGAUGGUAUUAGGAAACUAUCAUUCGAAAGAUCAUCCAAGAGAGUCGUAUGCUAAAGCAUUCAAGUUGGAUUUGGAAACUGUAAGGCCCAAUCCAAUAACACCUCUAGAGGACUACAGGUUACAUCUUGAGCUUCUGCCUCUUCGGUUGCAUCUAGAUCAAACUCAGCUUAAUUUUGUCACCACUUUCUUUGGGAUGGAUUCAUUUGAUGACCCUUCUGCUGUUUCAUUUAAUAAUUUGGACGGGUCUGAUAUGCCAGCAACAAUUAUCAGCAGAUUUGGAAGUCAAACAAUGGCUGAAGAGGCUCUACUUCCCUUUUUUCAGAAAUGUGUCAUUAAGCCCCUGGUUGUACGUGUUAACUAUAUCCCCUGUCACUUUGAUCUAGCGGCAUUAAGAAGAGGAAACUAUGCUGAACUUCUCAAUUUAGUUCCGUGGAAGGGAAUUGAUUUGCAGCUUAAAAACGUUUGUGCCCAUGGGGUUUAUGGGUGGAAGAAUGUUUGUGAGACUGUCAUUGGGGAGUGGUUGGAAGAUAUUGCUCAUAAUCAGGUUCGUGAGUUGUUGAAAGGGCUUCCACCGAUUAAGUCGCUGUUUGCUGUCAGUUCUGGCACUAAAAAGUUGGUUUCUUUGCCAGUAAAAAGCUAUAAAAAAGAUAAAAAAUUGUUGAAGGGAAUGCAGAGAGGUGCAAUGGCCUUUGUGAAGAGCGUAUCAAUUGAAGCUGUUGGAUUGGGGGUCCAUUUGGCAGCUGGAGCCCAUGAUAUCUUGCUUCAGACUGAAUACAUCCUUACAAGUGUCCCUGCAUACCGACCAUUGUCGGACAUAAAGAGAAAUAAAGCGAGCAUAAGAUCUGAUCAGCCAGAAAAUGUACAGGAAGCUAUCCAGCAGGCUUAUGAUAGUCUGAGUGAUGGAUUUAGUAGAACCACAUCAGCAUUACUGGGGACUCCUCUAAAAGCUUAUCAGCGUGGUGAUGGUGCAAGAUCAGCUGUUGCAACAGCUAUUCGAGGAGCUCCUGCUGCUGCUAUAGCUCCUUUUUCUGCUUCUGCUCAUGCUGUUCACUGCACACUGCUUGGUUUGAAAAAUGGCAUGGAUCCUGAGCACAAGAAGGAGUCUAUUGAGAAAUACACGGGAACUUCUCAAUCUUCCUCAUGGAAGUGACUGCACAUGCAUUUCUUUACUCAGUAGAUCUGUUGGGUAAUUUACCGCAAACUUGUCUACACUUGGCUGAAUACCCACAGAUUACUAGUAAAAGAAUCAUUUUUGGUGCUGUUCUCAUUGCCUGUGUAGAAUGUAAAUUGAAGGUGUACAGCUCAUCUAGGGAGAUUCUUCAUGCUCUGCAAUAACAUGGUAAUCAUUGUACAGCACUAGGUUAGUCCAUGUCAUUUUUGUCAACAAGAUUGUAAAUAGAACACUUGUACAUAAACUUCUCCAUUAUUUAUUUGCCACAUUCUUUUCACUCUCUUAAUAACUAGGUUUGAUCAUCAAUAUACCACAAACCUCAUUGUUAGUGAUUGUAAAAUUUGCUUGUUAGUAAUUCUUUCACAACCA